CCUGAAAAAUGAUAUUCACAAACAUAAAGGAGCUGAACACAAUUUAUCAAAAUCAUUUGCUAAACUGAAUUAUUACUCUCGAACUCCGGCGUAAAAUCAGUAGAAAAAAUACAAGAUUUUCAAUUUCCCCCCCCUCCCCGAAUCGAGAAGGCAUAUGAAAUUCGAAAACUUGUUCGAGGGUCCAACAAUGGAAGACCAAAAACGGGACGUGGCGAAUGAGUUCAGUGUAUACGCACGGCCAGUUGUUGCUGGAGCGUGGAGAGGGAGGUUUAAUAUCCCGACUCAGAGUUUAGAUAUCAAUAUAGUCGGCCACGUCUCGAACAAAGCUUGUAUGAAAGUGUUGGAGGUAGUAAGGACAAUGCCCGGGUUAUUAUGCUUGGAAAUGAUUCCGCGCGUCGAUGUAUGGCCCACAUCCUUUAAUAGUUCUCCACCUACCGAACAAAGUGUUGCACUGUUUUUCUUUCCCGACGGAAGAGAUGAAGAUGUUUUUGAUAGCCUGCUGAGUUACGCAAUCUACACUGAUUUUGCCCUUAAAGCAAUGAUUGGCGACGCUGAACUCUUGAUAUUCACUUCUGUCCAAUUGCCCGGGAAGCUUCACAGAUUUCAGGGGAAACCAUAUUUUUGGGGAGCUUUCAAUCGAACUGAACACCAUGUCCAGAGUCAAAACCCUAAAGUGAGGAAGAGUUUAACUCCACAUUCAGGCAAACAAAGGAAAACCGACAACACAGGAAGCCCAAAAGCCAUUUCAAGCAAACAAAGUCCUUCAACAGAUGGUGCUAAAACUGAAAGGAGGGGGAGAAAAUUAGACGACGCUUGGGGGCAUGCCAAUCCAUUGGAUGUAUUGAGACAGAAGGCAGAGUGCAGAUAUUGUGGCUUUAUCUCUUCGCACGGAGGCAUUUCGCGCUUAAAGGCACAUCUCGGUGGAGGUCACCCUAGAAUUCGAUUACCAGGUUGCGAUAAAGUGUCGCCUCCAGUCAAGAAAGUGAUGUCUGAUUGGUUCAUCGAAUGGGUUAGAUACACCAAAGCUCUUUGGACCAAGGAAAUUAGAGCCGAAUUGGGAGUACAAGUUGAUGAAAUGGGAAGGCGAUAUGAUGUUUCUCUGGGACACACCAAGCCAUCGGAUGUAUCGCAUAAGAAGAAAGCAAAGAAAUCGACCGCUCUAUUCUCGCCCGAAACUAAGGGAGUCAUAUCCGGUUGGCCGAAUAGUUUGACAGUAUCUACCAUGGAAAUGUCUCAAGCAGUUAGUAUGGAAUCCGAAAGGAGAGGAAGACCGUUAGAUGGUGCAUGGGAGCAUGCAAAGCCGUUGGAUGAAGCUAGGCAAAAAACGCAGUGCAAUCACUGCGGUUAUGUUUCUUCGUACGGUGGAAUUUCCCGUUUAAAGGCUCAUUUGGCAGGCGGCUCUCAUGAAAUGCAGUUAGAGGGCUGCCCUCAUGUGCCGCCACAACUAAAAAGAGUGAUGGAAGAGUGGUUUAAUGAGUGGACGAAAAACUCAACCGCCACCUGGACAAGAAAGUCUCAUGAUGGCAGUGGCAAUCCUUCGAAGAGAGGGAGGCCAAGAGAUGACACAUGGGAUCAUGCUAUACCGUUGGAUGAGAUGGGAGAAGCCACGAGAUGCAAGUAUUGUGGUUAUGUAUCUAAACGAGGCGGCAUUGCACGAAUGAAGGUGCAUUUGGCUGGCGGAGAUCCAGCGGCGCAGCUGGUGAGUUGCCCUAAUGUUUCUUGGGAAGUCAAAACCUUGAUGGCUGCUCAAGGAAUCAAGAAAUACCCGAAGAAAUCGAAAGGUGUACCGAUGGAGAAUUACGAAUCCUCACAUGAGAGUCAGAGAAAAACGGGCGAAAUCAUCUCGUUCGAAAAACGACAUCACAUACUCAGAGAAACUCUUGACCAGAUCACAAAUUCGAGCGUGAAAGAUAGGCUUCAGAAAUUAAUACAAGGGAAGAGUGAAAAUCUGCAUGAGAUGCAAUUCGAAAUUCAAUCACUUGAGAGUCAGUUGGCUUCAAUGCCUUACUACUGCAGUACAUAUGUCUUUGCUUCUUCUCCUCUGUCGUCUGCAAAUUACUCUUCACUAGGGUUUACAAAAUAUCCCCAAAUACAACAACAGCAAAUUGAGAUUACUGGUUCUCGUUUUGGUUCUGCUUUUCCGUACUGUAUUAUUGGCUUGUGUGAUAAUCGACAUGUGUAUAAAUCCAUUACACAGGGGACAAUUUGCCUGCUGUGUGGCGAUAGGGGAUUCGCUAAGGCCUUUGUGGACUGUGUCAAUUGUCUCGAUGCUUCUGUGCACAUCUACUGUCUGGGAUUGGAUGUAGAAGAAACAUGUGAUGAAGAUUUUCGUUGGGUUUGUGAAGACUGUGAAACAGAAGCACAUAUAGUUUCUACGGAUAUUGAACGCUUUUCUAAAGAUGGAAAAAACGAAAACGAUCCCUCGGCAGUUCAAACAGAGGAGCGUGUUUACGAAGAUGGCGUUGAGCAGUCAUAUGAAGGUGUUCUCAUGCAAUUCCUGCGGAAGGAAUAUGCCAAGUGUAAUUGGCCGAGAAGGAGAAGUGUUAAAAGAUCAACUGUGAAGAAAUACAAGCACAGACUUUGUAACACACCUUCCAAACGAUAUUACGACAAACACAUAAAAACGGUCAUGAAGGAGUGCACCAGAUCAAAGGAUGAUUCUACAUUGUCUACUAAAGUGAAAAAAAGAGAGGGUCCCAGUUUAGAAGAUCAUUGUGCUGAAAUGGCUGUAGAAAAUGAUUUUCGAGAAAAUUUAGAUAUCUCGUCUGCCGUGCCAGUUGUCAUGCCAAUAUGGAGGGGAAGUUUCAAUAUUCGGAACGAAAAUCGUGAUAUAAUCGAUGGGAUUAUAGCUCACAUGUCUAGCAAAGCACGCGGAAAUGUAUAUGAUGAGGCGAGUCAGUUUCAAGUGGUGCUUGAUCUUGAAAUGCUUCCAGUAUCCGACGUAUGGCCCAAAAGUUUCGAGAAAUCUGAACCGAGCUGCGUUGAUAUCGCACUCUAUUUCUUUCCAUCUGAGAUAAGUGAACGAAUUUUCGACGGCUUGGUGGAGGAAAUGAUGCAUAAAGAGCUUGCGUUGAAAGCCUUUCUGCAGAACGGCGAGCUUUUGAUUUUCACUUCAAAGGAAUUGCCGAUUCUGUACUGGAGAUUUCAAGGCAAGUAUUAUCUAUGGGGAGUAUUUAGGGGUAGUAAGCAGAGCAACGAAUCGAAUUCUCAUUCAUGUACAGAGAAAUUGGAUGCGAUCAUUCCGAUAGCAACAGCACCUACAGAGUUCCUGAGUGAAACAGAUGGUACUAAAACUGAAACACGCGGGAAACAACUAGAUAAUGGUUGGUUACACGCCUAUCAAUUGGAUGCACCAAGAAUCAAGGCAGAGUGCAUUUACUGUGGAUUUAUUUCUUCGUAUGGAGGUAUUUCGCGCCUUAAGGCACAUCUUGCUGGAGUCCACCCCAAAAUCAGAGGGCUACCGGGUUGCGAUAAAGUGUCGCCUGAAGUGAAGAAAAUCAUGUCCGAUUGGUUCUGUGAAUGGGUGAAAAACUCGAAAGUUCUUUGGAACAAGAAAGUUAGAGCCGAAAUGGGAAGGCGAGGUGAUGUUGCUGUGGGACCCACCGAGCAGUCGGGUUUAGCAGCACGUAAGAGGAAAGCAAAGAAAUCGAUCGCCUUAUAUUCACCCGAAAUAGAAGCUAGCGAUAUUCUGUGUAAGAGGGGAAGGCCUACUGCACUCGAUCAGAUCACAAAUACGAGCGUAAAAGAUCGACUUCGAAAAUCAAUACAAGGGAUGAACGCGAAUCUACUUGAGAUGCAAUUUAAGAUUCAAUCACUUGAGAGACAGUUGGCUUCAAUGCCUUAGCAGAUUUUUGCACAUUGAUCCACAUUUCAUCUUUAGCUGAUUUUUUUUUUUAUUUUUUUUUCAAUCUAAGUUCAGAUAUAUGGAUGUAUCGUUGUCUUCCAA